UAUGAGUCAUAAUGACUCACUCAUAAUUAUAUCAAAACAAGAUGAUCGUUUUGUGAGCGGUGUGUGUUUUCAGGCUAUAGCGCUAUCUACUACUUCUAGGGAUCAUCACAGUAAUGGGACUAUCAGUAGACUAUAAAACAAGUGAAGAAGCAUCAAGAGUGACUAGUGAAUUGUUCAGUGAGAUUGUCACUGGCACCACAGAAAGUUUGAAUAACUCAAUUGAUGGAAACAUGACAGUGGGAGAUGUACGGGUAUGUAUGAAUAUGGAUAUAGAUGGCCAUGACUUUAUAUGUGGCCAAUAUGCCCAUACCAUCUCUGGUAUAUUUGCCUGGUCUGCACUUCUAAUGGCCUGUUUUCAGAUAUUCCAGCACCUUCGUUACUACUCAGUACCCGAGCAGCAGCUUUGGAUUGUGCGUAUUCUCUUCAUAGUUCCUAUCUACGGUUUCUGCUCUUGGCUGGGUCUAUUGCUACCCUCUUACGCCAUAUAUUUUGAUGUCGUGCGGAGUUGCUAUGAAGCUUUUGUGAUCUACAGCUUCUUGAGUUUGUGUUUGGCCUACCUGGGUGGGGAGACUGCUAUUUUGUCUCAAAUGAAUGGAAAAUCAAUAAAGAGAAGCUUUUGGGCAGGGACAUGUUGCUGCCCUAAAAUGAGCUACUCGAUCUGGGUGCUACGGUUUAGCAAACAGGCAACCCUUCAGUUCUGCCUGGUGAAGCCGUUGGUGGCGCUCAUCACUAUAAUACUGGAGUUGACCAAAGUGCUCCACGAGGGAGACCUCAGUCCCAGGUAUGGUUACGUCUACUGCACACUGGCCUACAAUGUCUCUGUGAGUCUUGCCCUCUACGGUCUAGUCAUAUUCUAUUCUUCGACUCGAGAGCUCCUCUCUCCAUUUAACCCUGUCCUAAAGUUCCUCACAGUCAAAGCCAUUGUCUUCAUGUCAUUUUGGCAAGGUCUCUUACUCAGCAUAUUUCACUGGACAGGCCUGAUCCACACUUCUGGACUUGCCUCGGCGUACCAAAACUUCAUUAUCACUAUCGAAAUGUUCUUUGCUGCAAUCCUCCUUCACUUUGCCUUCUCCUACUUACCUUAUAUGCAGCUUCGUAAAGACAAUCAAGGCAGGGGCGUCCCCAUGAAGAAUAUUACAAGCAACUUCAAACAAACCUUGAACCCAAACGACGUUGUGGACGAUGCUAUACACAACUUCUCUCGUGUCUACCAAACAUACGCCCAGCAAGGGGACAUGAGUGAAGAGGAAAUGGACAGUCGAGGGACAACGACAAGUUUCGAGAAAUUCUCGAAUUCGGACGAGGAUCGUACUCCUAAAAAGAGUCCCAGUUGGAAAGAUAAAGUUAGGUCCGCCACUGCAAGGGCACCUGCUAAAGGGUUCGAGAGAGUCACUCUAUUGGUGGAGUCGGAUGAAGAGGAGAUCCUGUAAUCACUGUUUCUUAAUGGCACAGACUUUCAGUAAUUUGUCACUUGUGAACUUUUAACUACGAGCAUUGUUAUCUUGAUCUAUUAUUACUCUGUUAGUCUAGACGUAUUGUGAUCCGAUGCUGUGUUUUUGUUUAGUUGAUCUUUACCCCUUAUACGUACAUCACUUCAUUGUUACUUUGUUAAAAAAAUUAAUUGAGUUAUUUUCCAACUAG